AUGGGUAAUUUAUCAACUGUAGUGAAGUUUAGUGCAGCACUCUUCUCCUGCUUUGUGGAUUUUAGUUGGGCUGAGAACGAAUUAAGAGAAUGCAUUGAAGGACAAGAAGGAUGUAAGAGGUGCAGAGAUGGAACGUGUGCUAGAUGUGCAGUUCUUCUACAUCAAGGAACUUGUGUUGACUCUUGCCCACCAGGUCACAUUGCAGAUUGGUCGACUAAAGAUGAAUAUAUGGGUAGAAUUUGCAAAGAAACUGGAUAUAUGUUUGGAUUCACUGGUAGUCAGGUAGCCAUUUUGGUAGGAGUUGUUUCCGGAGCAACUAUAUGUAUCCUUAUUAUAUUAUGUGGAGCUAUAAUUGUGCAUCGUAGAAAAAAGAAAACGGCUAAGUUUAUUCAACAGUUUGAGGAUAGUGCAGAGAGAAGAGAAUUCUUAAAACAUCUUGCAUCGCUCAGAGGAGAAGGUAAUACAUUUCUGUCAAUGCUCAAUGAUACUAGAAGACAAGUUAGGGAACUAUAUUAUUCUGGAAAUAACGGGGAUGGUGCUGUUGGAAUACAAGCUUAUAGACCUGUAUUACGUGAUUUGGCAAGGAUACUAGUCCUCAUUAAUAGAAGAGACGACGAAAUACCAAUUCCUCCAGAUGACUGGCAAAGAUUAUUCUCUUGGGCAGAAAGACUUUUGAGACGCUACAAAAGACACAGUUCACCAGAAGUGGCUCAACUUGUGACAUUCUUGCAACAACCACCGGCAUCUGUUCAAACAAACACACCACAGCAAGUAACAAUCACACAAUCACCUCGCCCAUAUGAACUGAGAACCACUCCAACUAAUCUGACAACAUUCCAAGCAAAUAUACCGCUUACAACAUUUCAAGCAAGUGAUAAAUCAAGUAUAAGUCCCGCGAGUUCCAGUCUUGGAUAUGUAAAGGACAGUCCUCUAAGUUCCAGUCUUGGCCAAAACAGUUCUGGAGCAUAUAAUGAGAAACUUAGUCCAAAUGGAUCUAGUAUAGGACAGACAACUCCAUUAGUAUAUGAUAACCAAAAACAAGUAAAGCCUUCAAAUACACACUUUCAAGAACUUGCCAUUUCAACUUUUAAUCAUACUUUCACUACUGCUGCCACUUUAACAGAACCUACUUGUGGGGUAGAUCACUGUGAAACAAACGGACUUGAUCAUGAAUUAAACCCGCAGUGGGAAUUUCAAAGUUCUGCAGAGGCUGCUAAUUAUACUAUUUUAUCUGAUUGGUCACCUGCUCGUGAAUACUUAAUUGAUGAUUUCACAAUUCUUGGUUUUCGACCUCAAGAUGAAAUUACUACAGAAUUGUAAAUAACAU